AUGAUGAGUCAACGACGUCGGGACGCGGAUGACGAUGAUGAUAAGAGGAACGACGGCGAGUUGAGGCCAUUGACGAUGGCCUUUACUCGGCGUCGGCGACUGGUGUUGAUGAAAAGAUCGAGGCGGACGAAACUGAAUCCGACUGAAGUCAGCGACUGUGAAGAGAUGCACCGACGACCUUUAGAGAGAGAGACCACGAACGACCACGACUGGGAAACAACGGCGACCUGA